AUGUCGGAACAAAAGGACCUCGACCAACAUGCGGAUGUGGUAGACUCCGAAUCAGCCCAAGGCCAUGAAGACGCCGAGACUCCUCACGAAUCGGACGACGAGCCCAUGGUCUAUGAAACUCCGAAAGACUACGCUAUCUUCGCACGCCGGGAGCGUGAACGCCGCAUUGCUGAGGGCGCUGACCCUAAUUCCGUCAUCUUUCAAAGCGAAAUACGUAAUCAUGUCCCACGGCAAGAGGGAGAGCCGCCUGCCGAGUUUGUAAAACGUUAUUCCCAGACCAUGAACAGCAUGAUUCAGCGUGGAGUUGUUAUUUUGAAUGAUCAAUGUACUGCCGAUGUAGUCGCAUCUGGAUUCGAUACUGCAGACGGAAGAUAUUUUGAUCUAGGCCCAGGGUCGGGCGCCACGAAGGGGGAUUUUCGAAAGUUCAGCGAGUGGUUUGACGAAUCGGAAGGAGGAGAACUGAAUGAGGUGCCGGAGAGGUGGUUGAAGUUUGAAAAACCAGCUCAAGGAUAG